CAAAUGGGGACCAAUAAUACUGACGGACCGAAAUGGCGGAAAAACAUUUGUGCGAAACAAGUGAAAAGUAACAGUAUGUGUGCUUUAAAUCAAGAGAUUUUCCCGCUCAUGUUGAUUUCUAUGACAACCUGAAAGAUAACCUGGUAAAGAACGUACACGUUAGCUUUAGCCUGCUAACUACAAACACUGAUUAUUGAUAUUAAACAUGUGGGGGGAAAUCGAGGAUCCCGUUCAAACACAACCGAGUCCGUCUAAUAGUGAAGAAACGAGAAAAUUACCUGCAGACCCAGAGCAGACGCCAUCAGAAACCCAGGUGAGACCAGACCUUUACGUGAUGCCUGAGGUCCGGGUGAGACCAGAGACCCAUGCGAUGCCAGACCUCCAGGUGAGCCAGGCUGAGUCUAUCUGUGUGAAUGCUAUGAUAGAGGCCAUAGCGCUGAGUGGAAGCCCGGUGAAGAGCCAGCAGAUCGGAGAAGCUGAACUGACCCUGGACCAGCGCAGGGAAGAGCUGCAGCAUCAGUACAGGAGCAGACCACUGGUGUUCCUGGAGCGGUACCAUUCCUGCCUCAAGCCCCAGCACCUGUCAGCAUUCGCCCACGUCAGCUCUGACCCACGAACACAACAUUACAGCAACGUGAUCCAGAGACGAGCCACGGGCGGCGCUAACAGAACCAGGACCAGGGUCAGGAACCAUCGCUACGCUGCCCUCAGGGCCCUGCAGCAAGAGGGUCAGUAUUUCAGUGAAGAACAAAUGAGGACGAGAGAACCGCUGCUCUAUGAACAAUAUAUUGGCCAAUACCUGACUGAUGAGGAGGUGCUGGAGCGUUCCCAAGAAGCCAUGUUGGACGGGGCCCCGGCUGGAGGAGAAGGAGGGCUCGCCCACCUCCUCCUCAACUCCUACCAGGAGCGUCUCAUUCAGAGUCGCCUCCAGGAGGAGCAGGAGAGAGAGGAGGGAGCACAGGAGGAGGACGAGGACGAGGAUGAUGAAGACGAUAAUAGAGUCCAGCCGAAAGAAUGGGAGCCUACUGCAGAGGAGAAAGCACUGCUGAGGGAGGAGUUCAUCAGCCAGAUGCACCAGCGCUUCCUAGACGGCAAGGACAGGGACUUCAACUACAGUGAGGUGGACGAGAACCCAGAAUAUGACAACCUGGACAUCGUCAGCAGAGAUGCAGAGGAUAAAUACUUUGAUGACGAUGAGGAGGAGGAGGAGGAGGAGGAGGAGGAGGAAGAAAACAUGACUGAAUAGUAGCUGUGGGGGCACAGUUGCAACAGUUUACCUAGACUGUAAAAAAAAGCAGAAUUUUGUCUAUUAAUGUUUCCCACAAAUGAAAAAAAAUAUAUACACACAGAUUUUGUUUCUGGGACAUUUGGAAGCUCACAUCAGAUAAAUCAUAAGUUUCCUACAUUGAGAAAUGAUGGACAGGUGGUGACUGUCUUAAGGAAUCAGGAACUCUGAACAUGUAAAUACAGGAAAGUGAAACAACUGCUUGACUGUUUAUUUAUGUGUUUGUAAAGUUUGGUUUUAUUAUUUAGACGUCAGAUUUAUAGAGGAAAACUGAGGUUUAAAAGUGCACAAAUAUAAAAUUUCCAACAGA